GACAUUCACUUUGUUGUGUUAACUCUAGUAGGGUAUUUUAAAGAGACAACAAAAAGAAGUUUGGCAUCAAGAUCGUAUCCAAAAGUUAUUUUUGAAUGUAGAUUUAUCAAAAAAUUAGUGUAUUGAUACAUGUAAUGACUCAUUUUCUAGUAAUCCACAUUACACUAAGAAGAUUCUAUCAUUUUCAACAACUAUGCUCUAUAUUGUUACAAGAACAUUUGAUGUUUGUGGUGGAAUUUAGGUUGUAGCGGUGGCUGCAGUAUUUAAGGUUGUAUUUCGUUUUGUUCUUUUGUCUGGUUGAAUGGAGAGUGGGGGUAGUUUCAGGAAUGGUAGUACAUCCAUUUGGAGGGAGAGUGGUGAGGAUAUGUUCUCAAACUCAUUCCACAGAGAGGAUGAUGAAGAAGCUCUCAAAUGGGCUACCAUUCAGAAACUUCCCACCAUUUCGCGUAUGAGGAAAGCUUUGCUCACUUCAUCCGAAGGGGGAGUGAAUGAGAUUGAUGUGCACAAACUUGGGUUGCAAGAAAGGAGAGUCUUGCUUCAAAGACUCGUCAGAACUGCUGAAGAGGAUAAUGAGAAGUUUUUGCUCAAGCUAAGGGAACGUAUUGAUAGGUCAGAUUCCCAUUCUCUUUUCUUCUUCAUUAAUGAAGCUGUGUGUCUUUCAUCGAAUUUAACUCAUGAAUGUCUUCUUCUCCUCCCAUUUUUCUUCCUUGGAUUUCAUGACAUCAGAGUUGGGAUUGAUCUUCCUGCUAUAGAGGUUCGGUUUGAGAACUUGAAUGUGGAAGCAGAAGCUCGUGUAGGAAACAGAGCUUUGCCUACCUUCACUAAUUUCAUGGUUAAUAUUGUGGAGGGUCUGUUGAACUCUCUUUGUAUUCUACGAAGUAGCAAGCAACAUAUACGUAUUCUCCAGGAUGUUAGUGGAAUAAUAAAGCCUGGCAGAAUGACAUUACUUUUGGGCCCUCCAAGUUCCGGAAAAACCACACUGUUGUUGGCCCUGGCAGCAAGACUUGAUCCAAAAUUAAAGUUUUCUGGAAAGGUGACUUAUAAUGGUCAUGGGGUGGAUGAGUUUGUACCCCAAAGAACUGCAGCAUAUGUCAAUCAAAAUGAUCUGCAUAUUGCAGAGUUGACGGUCAGAGAAACCUUGGCCUUCUCAGCAAGAGUCCAAGGAGUUGGAACUCGUUAUGAUUUGCUUGCAGAAUUGUCCAGAAGAGAAAAACAGGAAAAUAUCAUGCCUGAUUCAGAUAUUGAUGUCUACAUGAAGGCUGUAGCAACUGAAGGCCAGAAGGCAAAUUUGAUAACAGAUUACAUCCUAAGGAUUUUAGGGCUGGAGAUCUGUGCUGAUACCGUUGUAGGAAAUGCAAUGUUAAGGGGGAUCUCUGGUGGACAAAAGAAACGCCUUACAACAGGAGAGAUGCUGGUUGGACCAGCCAAAGCUCUAUUCAUGGAUGAAAUAUCUACUGGUUUGGAUAGCUCAACAACCUUCCAAAUUGUGAACUCACUCAAGCAAUCUGUUCACAUUCUCAAAGGAACCACAGUCAUCUCACUCCUGCAGCCAGCCCCAGAGACUUACAAUCUUUUUGAUGACAUUAUUCUACUCUCUGAUAGUCAUAUAGUGUACCAGGGUCCACGUGAAUAUGUGCUUGAAUUUUUCGAAUCAUUGGGUUUUCAAUGUCCUGAGAGGAAAGGUGUGGCAGACUUUUUGCAAGAAGUAACAUCAAGGAAAGACCAAGAACAGUACUGGGCACACAAAGAUCAACCUUAUGGAUUUGUCACAGCCAAAGAGUUCUCAGAGGCACAUAAAUCAUUUCAUGUUGGGAGAAGCCUUGCUCAAGAACUUGCUACUGAAUUUGACAAGUCCAAGAGUCACCCAGCUGCUUUGACAACCAAAAAAUAUGGAGUGGGAAAAUGGGAGUUGCUAAAAGCUUGCUUAUCCAGAGAAUAUUUACUUAUAAAACGAAAUUCAUUCGUUUACAUCUUCAGGCUGAGCCAACUUGCUGUAAUGGCACUUAUUACCAUGACCGUCUUCCUACGGACUGAGAUGCACAGAGACUCGGUGACUGAUGGGGGGAUAUAUGUGGGAGCAUUGUUCUAUUGCCUGGUUGUGGUUAUGUUCAAUGGAUUUGCUGAACUUUCAAUGGUCGUUGUGAAGCUUCCUAUUUUCUACAAGCAAAGGGAUAAUCUGUUUUUUCCUUCAUGGGCUUAUGCUCUUCCUGCAUGGAUCCUAAAAAUCCCUAUGACUUUUGUGGAAGUUGCUGUUUGGAUAUUCCUAACCUACUAUGUCAUUGGAUUUGAUCCAAAUAUUGGAAGAUUUUUUAGACAAUGCCUUGUUCUUUUACUAGUGAACCAGAUGGCUUCCGCAUUAUUCCGAUUUAUUGCAGGAGUUGGAAGGGAAUUGAAAGUAGCUUUAACUCUUGGGUCAUUUACACUAACCAUCCUUUUUGCUAUGAGUGGUUUUAUCUUAUCGAAAGACAACAUAAAAAAAUGGUGGUUAUGGGGCUUCUGGAUAUCACCUGUGAUGUAUGGACAGAAUGCUUUGGUAAAUAAUGAGUUCCUUGCAGAGAGAUGGGGGCAUGUUCUACCAAACUCUACGGAGCCUCUUGGUGUCGAAGUUUUGAAAUCACGGGGAUUCUUCGUUCAAUCAUAUUGGUUUUGGAUAGGCGUUGCGGUUUUGAUUGGAUAUACAUUACUUUUCAACUUUGGCUACAUCCUUGCUCUUACGUAUUUCAGCACACCUGGGAAGCAACAUGCUUUUAUAUCCGAAGAACCUGAAAACAAUGAGCAAAAUGGUGUGAGAGAGGGCGAAAGUAUAUGUGGAACUACACCUUCUCAUACUUUACUCACUAGCAACAGAGGAAUGGUUCUUCCUUUUGAACCACAUUCUAUCACCUUUGAUAAAGUAACAUAUGUUGUGGACAUGCCACAGGAAAUCAGGAACCAAGGAAUUGUUGAGAAUAAAUUGGUUCUUUUGAAGGGUGUCACUGGAUCCUUCAGGCCAGGUGUUCUCACUGCUCUCAUGGGUGUCACCGGAGCAGGAAAAACAACUCUGAUGGAUGUACUUGCUGGUAGAAAAACUGGAGGAUAUGUUGGAGGGAACAUCACAAUCUCUGGGUAUCAGAAGAAGCAAGAAACAUUUGCAAGAAUUUCAGGAUACUGCGAGCAAAACGACAUCCACUCUCCUCAUGUUACUGUGUAUGAAUCCUUGGUUUAUUCAGCUUGGCUCCGAUUGUCUCCAGACAUCAAUGCUCAAACCAGAAAGAUGUUCAUUGAGGAAGUCAUGGAACUUGUGGAAUUGAAACCACUAAGGCACGCAAUAGUCGGAUUGCCAGGUGUUGAUGGUCUGUCAAUAGAGCAACGUAAAAGGUUGACAAUUGCAGUUGAACUUGUGGCAAAUCCUUCCAUCAUAUUCAUGGAUGAGCCAACCUCUGGGCUAGAUGCAAGAGCAGCAGCUAUUGUAAUGAGAACGGUUAGAAACACUGUAGACACUGGAAGAACAGUUGUUUGUACCAUUCAUCAGCCUAGCAUAGACAUAUUUGAAUCAUUUGAUGAGCUUUUGCUGAUGAAGCAAGGGGGGCAAGAGAUAUAUGCGGGACCACUUGGACAUCGUUCUUCCAAUUUAAUUAGUUACUUUGAGGAAAUCCAAGGUAUCAGUAAGAUUAAAGAUGGCUAUAAUCCAGCAACAUGGAUGAUGGAAGUCACAAGUUCAGCAAAAGAAUUGGAAUUGGGGAUUGAUUUUGCCGAUGUGUACAAAAGUUCAGAGUUAUACAGGAGAACCAAAGCACUUGUUAAAGAAUUGAGUACUCAAUCUCCUGGUUCGAAAGACCUUUAUUUUCCUUCACAGUACUCAACUUCCUUCUUCACCCAAUGCAUGGCUUGCUUGUGGAAACAACAUUGGUCUUACUGGCGCAAUUCUCAAUACACUGCCCUAAGAUUUCUAUACACAGCUAUUGUAGCUGUUUUGCUUGGGAGCAUGUUUUGGAACCUUGGCUCCAAAAUUGAAAAGCAACAAGAUCUUUUCAAUUCAAUGGGGUCCAUGUAUGCUGCUGUUCUCCUUCUUGGUGUUAAGAAUUCAAAUUCAGUGCAGCCAGUAGUUGGUGUUGAGAGGACAGUGUUUUAUAGGGAAAGAGCAGCUGGAAUGUAUUCAGCUUUUCCAUAUGCUUUUGCUCAGGUUGUGAUUGAGGUCCCAUAUGUACUUGGACAAGCUGCAGUGUAUAGCAUUAUAAUUUAUGCAAUGAUUGGUUAUGAGUGGAGUGUGCCUAAAUUUUUGUGGUGCCUAUUCUUUAUGUACUUUUCUUUCCUCUACUUCACCUACUAUGGAAUGAUGGCAGUGGCAGUCACCCCAAACCAACACGUCUCCACUAUAAUUUCUGCUGGCUUUUAUUCAGUGUGGAAUAUCUUCUCAGGAUUCAUAGUUCCACGCCCAAGGAUCCCAGUAUGGUGGAGGUGGUACAGUUGGGCAAAUCCAGUAGCAUGGAGUUUGUAUGGAUUGGUGGCUUCACAAUAUGGAGAUAUAAAGCAAACCAUUGAAUCCAGUGAUGGAACAACAACAGUGGAAGGGUUUGUGAGAACUUACUUUGGUUUCAAGCAUGAUUUUCUUGGAGUGGUUGCAGUUGUGAUAGUUGCAUUCACACUAGUUUUUGCAUUGGUCUUUGCUGUAUCAGUGAAGAUCUUUAAUUUCCAGCGGCGUUAG